AUGAGUGUCGAGGAUUUGGGGAUCGCCCCUCAUCUGAUGCCCAUCUAUGAGGGACUUUACAGAGAGAUGAAUGUACAUGGUCAUCCGACAGUAGCCGCUGGUGAUGCAGCUUCAUAUCUCCGGGGAUCGAGCUUACCCGUGCAAUCACUCGGACAAAUUUGGGAAAUUGCUGAUUAUGCAAAGCGAGGAGCGUUGGAUAAGAGGGGAGCUUUCAUCGCUUUUAAAUUGGUCGCCGCUGCGCAACAAGGCCAUCCUAUCGUGCCGGCUUCUGUGGGAAUCCCAGGCUUAAAUGCACCAAUGCUUGGCUCAAGGACGAAUACUCCUGCGCUAUCCGCUGACCCCGGCAGUCUGCAGGCUUCUCCAUCAAGACCGAGUGGAACCCUGCCCCGAUCCCCGUCCGGAGGUGGACAAACCGAGACUUGGGGAAUUCAGCCGAACGAUCAAUCCAAAUACGACUCAAUCUUUGAGUCGCUUGGACCAGAAAAUGGGAAAUUGUCGGGAAACAAAGUUCGACCCGUUUUGUUGAACUCUGGUCUAGCUCCGAAUGUGCUCGCGAAAAUUUGGGAGCUGGCUGACCAGGAUAAAGACGGACAACUGGAUCGGGUGGAGAUGAGUGUCGCCCUGCAUCUCGUUUACAGAGCCCUUCAAAACGAGUCCGUCCCAAAUAUGCUCCCGAAUUCUCUCAUCCAUCCGACAAAAGCGGCUCUCUCGAGACGAACCUCUGUCGCAUCGCAUCACUCGGCACAAGAUCAAUAUUCGACACAAAUGAUUGGUCGCAAUCGAACGGCUUCUUUGGCUUCAUUGGACGAGGUCGGCUUCCCGGGAGCUCAUGGAGUUCAAGAUCCACAAAGAAGCUUUUCCGUUCAACCACCAUAUGGAAGACAUGGAUCAGUGAGCGGUACUCCGAUCCCUUCACAGGAAUGGCCCGUCGACGUGGCCGAAGCAACGGCGAUUUUCCAUCGAUGUGACACGAAUAAGGAUGGAUUGGUGUCCGGUGUUGAUGUAAUGGGCGAAUUCCUUCGAUCCGGCCUCUCACAGCCGACCCUUGCCCAUAUUUGGGGUCUUGCCGACACGCAUGCUAAUGGAAUGCUCAAUCCUGAGCAGUUUGCCCUAGCCAUGCAUCUGGUGUCGAUGGCUCGUUCGGGACAAGACUUGCCGUCCACUUUGCCCCCGCAUCUCAUGCCGCCAUCGAUGAGACAAUUGCAUCUUCCAAAUGACACCGAACCGGCGCCAACUCUUCCCACCUCAACCUCGCAGCAUCUCGCCUUUGCCGCUCAAUCUGAUAACCCUGAGGUAAAAAAGCUGGCUGAAGAAAUGGAGGCGCUUGUCGGCGAGAAACGCGAGGCUGAGGCGAAAAUCACCCAACUCGAGGCUGAUAUGACCGUAAAGAACAGUGAGAUUCGGAAUUUACAGAUUGAGCUGACCACUUUGGAGAAUACGGUUAAACAAUUGGAACGUCAAAAGAUCGAGGCUGGGAAAAGGCUUGGUGAUCUUGACACGCAAAUUCAGCAGCUUGACGAGCAAUGUCGGGUGCAGAAGGAGAAAGUUGAUGAGGGCCAAAACCGACUCGAGAAGCUGAAAGAAGAGACGGAGAAUGGAGCCGCGAAUGCGCAGAGAAACACGGAAACGCUGGCCCAGGCUCGAGCCGAAGUCAUCCAAUUGGAGAACGAGGCGCGCGCUCUAGCCGGACAGCUUCAAUCGGAGAAAGCGACCAUGGAGAGGGCUGUCACGCAGAUUACUACGCUUGAACGCGAGAGCGACUCGUCCGGACGCAUCCAAGCGCAGAUGGAGGACGAGAAGCAGAAAAUUAUCGAAGCCACAGAAAAACUUAAGAAAGUUCUCGAGAGCGAGAAUCCGGAGGAAUCGCUGGCCACUCAACCCGAGCUCUUUGCUAACUUCAAAACGCCAGACAUGUUCAACGAGGCUGCAUUUACCACCCCGUCCACUUCAGUUGUCCCACCACGACCUGCAAUGCCAAAUGGAAACGAUCCAUUCGCGGGAAGAGACCCGUUCGCGUCGGCUGGAGCCGCUCAAUCGAUGACCGGCUUUGGGAGUGAUCCGUUUGGAGCCGCCCCCGGUGGAGCCCCUGGUCGCCCGGCACCACCUCGGCCUGCUCCACCCCGAGCUAGCCCUGCACCCGCCUCGCAACACGGCUUUGCCGCUGAUCCUUUCGCUGGACAGGAUCCAUUCGGCGGAGCGCAACACGCCGCUGGUGGUGCUGGUUUCGCCGAUUUCUCCAACUUCAAC